UUUGUGAAUAUUCACUAGCGUUAUUUUGCAUGGUUUUGUUCUUGUUUUUCAGAAAGUUUCUUCUUCGAUGAGCGAUGGGAUGUUGAAACGACUGGAACCAGUUUUUAUACCGAAAAAAAGAGUACAAAAGGGAAAACAAUGUUUUAAAAAUAAAACAGAAAUUGCAAACUCUCCAAAGCCAAACAAUGAAGUACAGAAUGUCGUACAAACUCCAAAGAAAUUACAGCCUAAAGUCAAAAGUCAACCUCCAAGAAAAUUAAUUCGUAGAGAACUCUUCCCUCAGAAAGAAGAUGAAAAGAUACGAAAUGUUCUUGAAAUUGUUGAUGAACAGAAUAAAGAAUGCAAAGAAGACCAGUUCAUCUUUCCUGGUGGGAAUAAAAGCCAAGAAAAUCCCUGCAAGAUGACAGAGGGCCAAGAUGAUACAAAGAGUAAGACAGAUGGUUUCAAAAAGCCAAAGUCUUUGCCAAAAAUUUCUAAGAGGAGAAAAGAAAAACAGAGAAGUAUCAACAAAUCAGUUCUUGAAAUAAUAAGAAAAACACAAAAAAGCAUUCAAAAGAUUAGAAAUCAAGGCCUUUCUAGGAACACCUUGACUGAUGUAUCAAAAGAAUCAAAUCAAGAAAAUAAGGCUGGACUAAAAAAGGCAAAGACAAAUCUGAAUGUUCAAGUGUCAAUAUGCAUACCAAAUUCAGGCAUUCAAAAGUCUGAAUGCACUGUCCAGCAGUCAGGAAGUGUAGAAGAGGAAGACAUAAUUGGAUACAAACAUGUGGGGAUCAACAGCUUCCAAAAUAUUCAAGAUCUUCUUUAAAAUCAGGUGCAUGUAUCACUUUCUCAUAUGGACAAAUGGUAAAUCAUGAUUUUAAAGGAACUUUUAUGGUAAGACUAAAGGUUUGUUCAAGUGUCAGGUAUGUUAUCUUAAAAAAGCUAAUUUAAUAGCUGGUUUUAUGUGACUGAAAUGGAUAAAACUGAUUGAUAGAUAAUAUCAGGUCUCUUAUCCAAUAGGACCAUUUGCACACCUGUUAUCUAUAUGAACCUCUAUUUUGACCUCUGUAGUCAUCUUGUCUCAAAAACCUAUCUGAAUUAUGACUA